AUGGCCACCUCCUUCGCUGCCCGUCGUGGCUUCUCCACCACUCGCACCCAGCUCGGUAGCCCCUACCACUACGCCGAGGGUCCUCGCACCAACAUCCCUUUCAACCCUAUGACCAAGCGCUUCUUCUGGAGAUACUGGGCCUUCAUGGUUACCGGAUUCGGUUCUCCCUUCGCCAUUGCUGUUUGGCAAACCUACAAGACCAAAUAG